GUAUUGAGAAAGAUGACGGCAUGUCAGUCUUCUCUCACACCUCUCCCUGUUCAAUUCAACUUGCCUUCUCUGCAAAGGCGCGAUCCAUUUUCUGCCAUUACAGUGUUAGAGAGAGAGAAAGAGCAAAGCAAAAGGGACAAAGAAACGAACAAACUAGAAGUAGAGAAAAAGAAAAAAAACCAAGGCUUUAUUCUCAUUACUGUUCAUUCUCAACCCUUCUUCUCUUCCUCUGUUUCAAAUUCCUCCUCUGCUCAAAGAACUUCAAGCAUUUGGGACCUCCCUUUUGUCUGUUUGCCUCGAUUCGGUUUGAUUCUUCUGUUACUUAUGGUUAUUUUUCCGACGAAAUUGCUGGUUUCGAGUUAAAAGACGAGGUAACAUGUCUUGGAAAAGCAAGGCGGAUCAUCAUUCUUCAAGAAGUGUUAUAUCCCAGAAAUGGACUCUGUUCCUUUGCUUGGGAUGCUUUUGCUCUGGAAUGCUCUUCACCAACAGGAUGUGGACCAUUCCUGAACAUAAAGACAUGGCACGAACAACGUCCGUAGAAGCCGAACAAUUGAAAUUUGUUUCAGAGGGUUGUGACCUUAAAACUAAGGAAGUCAAAUUUUCAUCUAAAGACAUCUUUGGCAAGGUUUUUAAGACACAUAACGCUAUACACACAUUAGAUAAGACAAUUUCUAAUUUAGGGAUGGAAUUAGCUGCUGCCAAGUCAGUACAAGAAUCAGUCCAAAGCAGUUCACCUUUAUCAGAAGAUUCAAAGCAGACAGAUACAUCAGGAAGAAGAAAGUAUUUAAUGGUUGUAGGAAUCAAUACUGCCUUUAGCAGCAGGAAAAGAAGAGAUUCUGUUCGGGCUACCUGGAUGCCUCAAGGUGAAAAGAGAAAGAAGUUGGAGGAAGAGAAAGGCAUCAUAGUUCGCUUUGUCAUUGGCCAUAGUGCCACAUCAGGAGGUAUUCUUGACAGAGCUAUUGAAGCAGAGGAUAAAAAGCAUGGAGAUCUCCUUAGGCUGGACCAUGUUGAAGGUUACCUGGAAUUAUCAGCAAAAACUAAGACAUACUUUGUUACAGCCGUUUCUUUAUGGGAUGCAGACUUUUAUGUGAAAGUCGAUGAUGACGUUCAUGUAAAUAUUGGAACGCUUGGUCAGACAUUAGUCAGACAUCGAUCCAAGCCACGAGUAUACAUUGGAUGCAUGAAAUCUGGUCCUGUCCUUUCGCAAAGGGGAGUGAGAUACCAUGAGCCAGAAUAUUGGAAAUUCGGAGAAGCUGGAAACAAAUAUUUCCGUCAUGCGACGGGACAACUAUAUGCCAUCUCAAAUGAUUUGGCUACUUACAUUUCAAUAAACCAGCAUAUUUUACACAAGUAUGCUAACGAGGAUGUCUCCUUGGGUUCCUGGAUUAUUGGACUUGAUGUCGAACAUAUUGAUGAUCGGCGACUCUGCUGUGGUACUCCACCUGAUUGUGAGUGGAAGGCUCAGGCUGGGAACAUUUGCAUUGCUUCGUUCGAUUGGAGUUGUAGCGGUAUCUGCAAGUCUGCUGAAAGGAUCAAGGAAGUCCAUCGACGGUGCGGAGAAGGUGAGAAUGUACUCUGGAGUGCCACUUUCUGAGUUACUGCAUGGACUUCUUCCAUACGAAGAAACAAUGAUGAUGAGUUUGUUAACUGUUGUCUGUAAUAGACAAAGCUUGCUAAUCUUGUAAGAAUACAAAGAUUUAACAUACAAAUAGAGAGAUUGCUGCAUGAGCCACCUCCAAUUUUGCCAAGGGUAGGCUGAAUCGGCAGCUUUGGAAAAAAAAAAAAAAAAAACACAUUCUUUGUGGCUAUGAGGGGCAAUGUGUAAGUUAAUAGUUCCCUUUUGUCAUGAAAGACAUGAUAUUAAUAAAUUCAAUACCAUGGCUUUACCAGAU